ACAUAUCUAUCAAAAUGACAAGUUGAACAACUAUCUCAGGAAUUAAUCAACACAUUCAUAGUGACACUAUUUCCGAUACUCGAGACGCUCUCUCAUAGCAAGAAUGGAGGCCCUCCUCUCCACCGCCUUCAACUACAUCUCCUCCAAAGACGCCCAGAAGAUAUCGAAGGGAUUGCGCCAGAUCAAAGGCUUCCUCGAGCAAAUCUGCCUCUCUCCCUCUUCCUCCUCCUCACCAAGCAAACGACCGACAGUCCCCACAUCCUCCGACGCUCCGUCACACGAGAAGUCCCUCGUGAGUUUAGGUGGUGACCCGGCAUUUCGGGCAUUCUUCCGCCUUCAAGAGCGUUUCGAAUGGAAUGUUGCAACACGACUGGUCGCGUGCCUUGAGCGGUUAUUAGGCAUGGGAACAUCGGCCGAGACGGACUUGUUGAUCCUCUCAUCGUUGACACUCCUGCAAGGAUGCUUGCUGCUUCAUCCACCUAGUCGAAGCAUCUUUGAGGAGGAGAUCUAUCUCAACCUUUUACUUGAUCUACUCGACCCUCUAAACCCCGCUUCGACCCAAUCGACCACCCUUCAGGUUUUGAUGUCCGCUCUCCUAUACUCACCUCGUGCUGCUCGCUCCUUCGAACGCACCGACGGCCUCGCCACCGCCGCAUCCCUCUACAAAUCCCGUUCGACAUCUCCCCACGUCCGCAAGUGCGUCGCCGAAUUCCUCUACUUCUACCUUCUCGACGAAAUUAAUCCGACCACCAAUCCCGAAUCGAGUGAUGAGCAUAGUAAUCCGAGUGCCGUAAAAGCCGCUCAAUCCGCACCUGGCACGGGAGCACAUGCGCAUAGAAGGGGAGCGGGGCGGGAUAAGGGUAACGACGUGGAGGCGCCGCAGCAGCGAUGGAGCAUGGCUUUGGGAGAUGCGUCGGCGUUGGAGGAGGAAUUGACACGACAUCGAGAAAGAGAAGUGAAAAAGGGUGCAGUGCGAGGGCGAGACGAGAAACAGAGGCUGUUGGCAAGGCAUUUGGGGAGUGUGGAAAGUUUGGAGAAGGAGUUGAGGCAGAGGAAACCGUUUGCAGAGAUGAUGGGAUACGGAUGAGCCGAAGCGAAUGGUCAACUUGCAGGCGUUUCUUGGGUUUCUAGGUGCACUUAUUUCCUACUUCUACGGUUGGAUUGGGGCAGGAUAUCAGGUGCCGGACACCAGGCUCGGACGGUGCAUUGGGGUAACAGGCUAUCAUUCCCUACGAGACUCAUGUACC